UCACGGCAAUUGAAAUCGAUAGCUACUACAGAGAGAACGCGUUUGUUGGUAAAAACCCAAGAAAAAACUUAAAUAGAACAACCUCAAAAUGAUGAGCCAAACUUUGACAAUUUGCUGCCUGGCUUUGGUGGCAUCCGUAUACGGAAAUACAGUAUCCACCAAUGAUACCGCCUGUCCCCAGUUUUGUGCCGCCAUCUAUAAGCCAGUUUGCGCAACUGAUGGUCUGAACUUCAAGGAGUUCGCCAGUGCCUGCAAUCUUUUGUCUGACAAUUGUCGCCGCGAAAGGAACAGCCUGCAGACAUAUGCCGCCACCGAUGCCGCCUGGUGCAGCUCCGAGUUCGUUGAGAAUCUGCACGAGAAGCUGGGCAACUUCAAGCUGGAGGUGCAGGAGUGCUUCAAGCCCUGCUCGAUGAUCUACCAGCCGGUGUGCAUCACCAAUGGCAAGUAUCGUGCCGAGUUGGCCAACUCCUGCCUGCUGGAGACCUUCAAUUGCGCCCUGCAGGUUUCCGGCGCCCAACCCGCUGAGACCUUCCGCCUUUUGCGCGAAGAGAAAUGCUAGACGCAACCGGGAUCGUAAAGUCGGAACAAUACACUGGGCCACUCUUUUGUUCGAAAUAGCCAGCCAUCCUUUUGUUUUGAACAAAAAAAUAUAAACCUACGAAUUUAUGAGACACGA